AUGGAGAUAGGCCGCCCUUGCGACAGGGGAUUUACGAAUGGACGACCGGGAAAGACGUGUGAUGGACAACCAAUGAAUUCAUGGGUUAAGAAACAGCGGCAGCAGAUGCAGAGAAGGAGGGAUGGGGUUCCUCUUAUGAAUUUACUUGUGGGGUAG